AGUGCUCCAUGCCCUCCUGUAUUGUUGCCUUCCAUGUGACCUGCGCCUUCGAUCACGGUCUGGAGAUGAAAACCAUUUUGGCCGAAAAUGAUGAGGUCCGCUUCAAGUCCUUCUGCCUGGAGCACAGCAGCACCCAUGGGACCAUGGCGGGACAGACGAGUGCCCAGGGGUCCCACCCUACCCAGUCCAACCAGCCCGUGUCUCCCUCUGGACUGUCAAACCCACCUGUGUCUGCUGUGGGACCAUCCAGCACCCAUCAGUCUGUCCCGGGAGACACCAGCACCCAUGGGUCCAGCUCGGGAGAAGCCUUCAGCCACGGGAGCUCUUUGGGACAGUCCACCACCCACACGCCUCCUGCCGUCAACGGGACGCACUCUGAUACAUAUUCUUGUGCAUCAAACGGGCUGCAGCCUCCCAGCGCUCCGGCCCUCCUGUCCAGCGGGGGCAGCAGUGAGCCGGAGCAGCGCGUGCUGGAGCGGGUGGACAGGGAGCAGAUGGAGAGGGAGAAGGUGAGCCAGAGGAAGCAGAAGUUACAGCAGCUGGAGGAUGAGUUCUACCGCCUGGUGUGCCCCGAGGACGUGUGCCAGAGCCUGGGCCUGCCCCUCACUCAGGUGGAUUUUAUCUACGAGUUCUGGAAGCUGAAGAGAAAGACCAACUUUAACCGUCCUCUGGUGUCUCUGAACCGAGACGAGGUGGACAACCUGGCCCAGCAGGAGCAGGACGUGUUGUACAGAAGACUCAAGCUGUUCACCCACCUGAGGCAGGACCUGGAGCGGGUGCGUAACCUGUGUUACAUGGUGACCCGGAGAGAGAGGAUGAAGCACUCUCUGUGUGACCUUCAGGAGAAGAUCUUUGACCUUCAGAUUCAGCUGCUGGAGGAGGAGCUCACCUCAGAGAAAGAACACAAAGGGGAGAAGAAAAGGCAGAACGGAGUGAAGGAGAAGAGGAAGGAGAGAGGAAAGAGCGGAGGAAGAGCAGUCCAGACAAGAAGAAAGAGAGAUGGAAGUCUGAGAACGGAUCACUGCUCAAAGACAUAGGUCUGUCGGCCUCCUUCCCCCUGCAGAGCUCUCUGUUUGACAGCUGGCUGGCUCAGUCAGUUCACAUCACUGCUGACCACAUGCUCGGACACUGGGACAAGAGCGCCACCCUGCUGUCAGACCAGCUGCUGUCUGGUGA